UAUGUCAUUUUCUUGAAUAAAUUAGUGGACACCAUGACUGUAUAUAAGGCAGACAAAUCGGAAAAAAAAACUUAUAAGUAAAAGGACGACACCAUGAUUAUCAACAGUCUGAGCUACUUCAGAAGUCACUGGACAAUUUGGACGAUAUUAGGAGUGGCAUAUAAAGAGGCUCGAUGGCAAAAACUCUACUUAAUCAACACUUUGAUGGUAUUCCUGCUCGUCAGCAUUGGCUAUCCACUGCAUCUGGGUUUGUCGGUUUUCAAAAACGACACACUUGCGGAUGACCUCAAGAAUCUGACGACCUUUGUCACCUGUCUCGCCUGCUCCAUCAAAGUAACAAUUAUCACUUUCAAUUUCGACAAAGUAUACGAAAUGCAGGAAUUGUUGAAGCUAUUGGAUGCUCGAGUCAGUGGAAAGGACGAGACUUACAUCUAUAGUCAAUUAAGAGCACAGUUGAGAAACAUUCUAAUCAUCUUUAUUACGUUUUAUAUACCCAUUGCCAUUUUCGCUGAGAUGUCCUUCAUUUAUCAAGAAGAACGUGGUCUUAUGUAUCCUGCCUGGUUUCCAUUGGAUUGGAAAAACUCGACUCGGAAUUAUUACAUUGCGAACAUUUAUCAAAUUGUUGGCGUAAGCUAUCAACUGAUGCAGAACUAUUGCAGUGAUUGCUUUCCCGCUGUGAUGCUGUGCAUCAUCUCAUCUCACACCAAGAUGCUUUACAAACGUUUCGAAAAGAUUGGCGUAAAAGAAACUGACGAUGCUGCGAAUCAACGUGAACUUGAGGAUUGCAUCACGGAUCAUAAGCGAUUGAUAGAACUUUUUAGGAAAAUGGAAUCGUUCAUGUCUUUGCCCAUGCUCAUUCAGAUCGCUGUGACUGCCGUAAGCAUCUGCGUCAGCUUUGCCGGCUUUAUUUUCUUCGUGACUGAGCCAAUGAAUCGUGCCUAUUUCUUCUUUUAUGGAAUUGCGAUGCCUCUACAAAUAUUUCCCACCUGCUACUACGGCACGGACACUGAACUCUGGUUUGGAAAAAUUCACUAUGCCGCCUUUAGUUGCGAUUGGGUAAAUCAAAGUCGCAGCUUCAAGAAGAAGCUGAUGCUCUUUGUGGAGUGUUCGCUGAAACAAAACACAGCCAUGGCUGGUGGCAUGGUUCGCAUCCAUGUGGCCACCUUUUUCUCAGUUCUCAAAUUCGCCUAUUCUCUAUUUACAAUUUUGCUUCGAAUGGGAAAGUAAACUGCAAUAAAGUUGAAAUAAUUGA